UUGUGUAUUUUAGGUAUUUCUGGUGCCGGAAUCACCCAUCUAUUGACACCUAACAAGUUUCGUGUUGAAGCAAAACUUGGUUCAGUGUUCAUAGGGGAAGAUAUUACUGUAGCACAAGGAUUUUUCGUGGAGUUUAUUUUAACCUUCAUCCUCACGAUUGUGUUUUUGAGUUGUAAAGACAACAAAAGAAAACAUUCUGACGGACCGUCAUCAAUUAUUAUUGGUGUGACGUACAUUGCUCUACACUUUGCCGGAAAAGGUUACACCGGCGGUUCAUUCAAUCCUGCAAGAGCAUUUGGCCCAUCACUCAUAUUUGGUGAAUUGGGUAGUUAUUCUUGGAUAUACUGGAUAGCUCCGUACGUUGGAUCAACAAUUGCUGGUCUGCUAUACAGGUUCAUACUGAGUCCUAUUGAACCUGUGAAGACGCCUACCCCCAGCAAAGACCACGUGAAAAUUGAAAUGCCGGACCUAACUUCAAGUACUGGAAACGAGGUUGCCUCCUUUGAAAUUCUAAAACAGUCAGAAUUUCGCAAGGGUUUUAGAGAUCAUUUGAAUUGUGUUAUAAAAAUCCAACUAACUCAAUUAAGUUUGUUUAUCGUUGUGCAAAUGUAUGAGACACUGAAAGGCGAAAGUACGCUAGCUUGUUUUUUUAAUCCUACCCACGUCCUAAAAAUAUUAUCAGGUUGGCUUACAUGGUUGGGGACGCUGAAAAAGGUACCUUUCGUUGAUUGGGUAAGGAGAAUCCUUAGUAACGAACGUUCUGUUGGUUUAUUUUGUUUAUUGGCCAUACACAAUAGUAUCGUGCGAAUGCAAUGUUUGAAAAACUCCAUCAUGGGUGUUAAGGAAUAUUUUCGUGAAUUUAAUAGCAAAUAUUUUUGGAGGGCAGUGUUUUGUGAAUUGCUGGCUACAACUUUCUUCGUAUUUAUUGUGACAUCAGUUGGUAUGAAUUUCGGUAAGACAUUCGAAAUGUCGAUCGAGACCAUCAAGACUUGCUUACCUACAGGAUUUACAAUGAUAUUCUUGUUAAAAACAUUUGGACCAAUAAGUGGGGGAUAUGUAAACCCUGCACUGUCAAUGGGUGCGUAUGUUAAUGGAGAUAUCAGCAGUCCCCGUGCUACCAUGUAUUCUGUGGCUCAAUAUGUUGGAGGUCUAUUUGGUGGUGGAAUCACGCAUUUUUUGACGCCAUAUAAGUUCCGUCUUGAAUCAAAACUUGGUUCAGUGUUCAUAGGGGAAGAUAUUACUGUAGCACAAGGAUUUUUUGUUGAGUUUAUUUUAACCUUCAUCCUCACGCUUGUGUUUUUGAGUUGUAAAGAUAACAAAAGAAAACAUUCCGACGGACCGUCAACAAUCGUUGUUGGUGUGACGUACAUUGGGCUUCACUUUGCGGGAAAAGGUUACACGGGUGGUUCAUUCAAUCCUGCAAGAGCAUUUGGUCCAUCACUCAUAUUUGGUGAAUGGGAUGAUCACUCGUGGAUAUACUGGGUAGCACCAUACGUUGGAUCAACAAUUGCUGGUCUGCUAUACCGAUUUAUAUUGAGUCCUAUCGAACCUGUAGAAACAGAUAGUACAAAUAAUGACCAUGUAAAAAUCGAAAUGACAGAAGGUACGCAACCUUCUUACAAGAGUAACACUGUCUUGAAGGUGGAAUACUAAAAACAAGCUUACUAUAUAGUGAUAUUUCGUCCCAGUACAUACAAACUUCAGUAAAAAGGAUGUUUUCGGCUAUAUGUUAUGAAGCGCUCUAUCAGCCUCGCACCUUGGUACUGUGAGGAUUUGUUUCGGAAGAAUGAAGUUCGUUAAAUUUAUUAAAAGCUGUGUAUAUUAUUGUAGCUUCAUUGGAGAGUAAAAUUGAUAUCUAGUAGUCUGUAAAUACACUGUAUUUUUUGAUAGGCAAGCAAAUAAAUAUAGAUUUGUAUUCCGUUAAACUUUUAUUCAACGCGUACUAAACACAUGUAUGUAUUCCCAGCCCUUGCAGCCUCUUUUUAAUUUGUAAUGGUGAGAUUGAAACAACUAGUGCUAGUAAUGAGGUUGUGUGCGAAGAUGAAAGAAAUACAAAAUGAUAAAAUGGUUCCACAAGACAAAUGUCUCGGACCAGCCACUCUACUCUUCGCCGAACAAUUUUCUGUCAAAAAUCAUAUUUAGUUAGUUGUAGUUUAUUUAUUAAAAAUAUAUUAGGAAGAAAAA